GAUAAUCACAGGCCACUCUGACAGGGACACACCUUCCGCUGAUUUUGCCCCAGUUUACACAGGGAUGCGUUUCGAUUCACGAAAAGGUGUCAUCAGUCCAAGAUUCGAGUCUUGUUUUUCAGCGUGCGAGAGUUUUGCAAUUUACUGAUUUUUUUUUGCGCAUAGGUUGCUGCUUCACGACAACAGGAGGAUGACCGCAGUUUUUGAGAACUUAAAUACAGAUAUGCAUUCCAACCAGAUUACCUCAAGCAAUUAUCACAGCCUGCACAAAUCGCAGGAGUCCCCAACUCUGCCAGUGUCCACGGCGACGGACAGUAGCUAUUACAACAGCCAGCAGCCGGGCCAUUGCGCUGGGUCUCCAUUUGGCCAACUGUCUUACCAGUACCACGGCAAUGCCCCCAGCGCGGUGCCAUAUAACGCAAAGCCCUACGACCUUGGAUUCAACUCAUCUUAUGGUGCAUACAGCUCCUACGGCACCAACUCACCUCCUUCUCCAGUCGAUACAGAGAAAGAACAGCGAGAGCCAGAAAUCCGGAUGGUUAAUGGAAAACCAAAGAAGGUCAGGAAACCUCGAACCAUUUAUUCCAGCUUCCAACUGGCUGCACUUCAACGGAGGUUUCAAAAGACGCAGUAUUUGGCUCUACCAGAGCGGGCGGAGCUGGCAGCAUCGAUGGGCCUUACGCAAACACAGAUCAAAAUCUGGUUCCAAAACCGCCGCUCCAAGUUCAAGAAGUUAUGGAAAAGUGGAGAAAUGCCCCCGGAGCUUGUUGCUUGCUGCGAAUCCCCCCCCUGCAAUUCUCCGCCAACUUCUGCCUGGGACUUUCCACAGACUCAAAGAAUGAACCUUGUCAGUUCCAGUUUACAUCAGAGCAGCAGCCCUCCCAACACGACUGCGCCUUCAUCGUUUUUGGCAAACUACUCCUGGUACUCCACGAACUCUGCGACGCAUCUGCAGGCUCCUCUGAUCCAGCACCACCACAACUCCGCCAUAAGCGCUGGGACGAUAUUCUGAAACAAACAAAAACAACACAAUUAUCGGGUUCAAAUCGGACAAUACUGGUGAAAAAAGAAAAAGGCCAAUACCUUCAUUUUUACAGACCUCGUGUGUGCGCCUUGCGAACUUUACGCAAGCAUCUAAGUUGAUGGAGCCAGAAAGGCUUAUGGACCUUGCCAGUUUUCACGCUUGCAAAUGGUAGUCGCAGAUUUUUACAGUUAUUUUUGUAUUUAUUUAUUUUGUUUAUGUCGAGGGACUGAAUGAACCACUAUUACCCAAAGCAAUCACAGCACGGGCACAUGCCUACUUUAACGCGGACGUCACUUUUUUGCCAUUUCUGCAGAAACAACACAUCCAUCGCAGGACAACCUGUCACACAAAUGUAGCACAUCUUAACUGUAUCGUGCCUUUUUCGAUAUGAUCUCAUGUUGUUGUACGAUUAAGACAGCGUAGCCUUUCUUUUCAUUCAUUCCUUAUGUCACUAGUUUAUUUGAAAAUAUGGGCCAGGGGGGGGUCUGAAUAUAAGUUUGUAAAUAUUUUACCACAGCUCUUUGACUAUUCUUUUUUUUUUUAAAGGCUAUUGGUACAAAUCCAUUUGCCCCCGCUACUGAUUGUCCUUCCCUCUGAUUUACUUGUAUCACACUUUAUUGUAUUUGUGUCUUAUUUAUUUUAGCAGUGUUCCAUAUAUGCCAGACGUUAUUUAAAUAAAAAUGUUUUCUGUGUA